UCUUCCCGUGCAGCGCACAAAUAAGAAACCGCAAAGUCCCCGAGCCGGCCAAGCAGCAGCUCCAAGCAAUCCAUCAACCGCCUUCUGGCUGCUGCAAUCCGUUCCGUACGUAGCCGGCCUCCGCUGAUCGAUCAGGCAGUCCAUGGAGGUGGUGGUGCGCCCGGUGCCCGGCGUCCGGAGCUGCUUCGCCGCGCUCCCCCUCCCCGUCAUCCAAGCCCUCGAGCGCACCGCCCCCUCCGGCUCCCUCCCCGCGGUCCUCGCCAUCGAGCUGCGCACGCCCGACGGAGCAUGCUGGCGCCUUGCUUGGGCAGGCGCCGUCUCCGCCUCCCCUAAUGCCGUCGAAGUUUCUCAACAAUUUGCUGGGUGUAUUUUGUUAGCUGACAAUACAAAAGCAGCACUUAGUGCUGUUCCUGUUCUGCCAAAAGCUAAAUUUGUUUCUGUGGAGCCAAUAAGUGAGGAUGACUGGGAAGUAUUGGAGCUUAACUCUGAGUUGGCAGAAGAGGCCAUUUUGAAACAGGUUGGUAUUGUUUAUGGUGGUAUGAAAUUCCCAUUAUGGCUGCACAACCAUAAUGUUGUGGAAUUUCUUGUUGUUUCAUCAUCACCUAGUAACUCGAUAGUUCAACUUAUUCCUGGAACUGAAGUUAUUGUCGCGCCAAAGAAAAGAAAAGAUGAAGUGAAUUCUCAUAAGUGUGAACAAGAUGUACUCAAACAGCCCCAUAAAAAGGCACUCCUCCGUGUACAGGAAGCAGGAGGGAAAUAUGUACAUCAAUUUGAAUACAACGGAAUUCAACUGGGUGUGUUUGUUACAUAUGUUGUACAAAUACACCCAGAUACUGCUGCAAAUUUGUCUCUCAGUGAUCUUCAGCUGGUCAGUAUCACUCCUAAAUUUUCACCAAAGGAGAGUACGGGAAAUGGAAAAGGAUCUGAUCAGCAGAUUAAGGGUUCAGUGCGUGGUGUAAACAGUGGUAGGCGCAUUGUUGUCCAUAUCAUAUUAUUAGAUUCUGUUGCUAAAGAGCAUAUUAUGCUUCCUCAAUCCAUCUGCUGUUACAUUGGAACAGGAGUUCAUUCAUGGGUUUAUGUGCAGAGAUUCUCGCCCAUUGUAAACAAGAACGCACAGUCAAUAACAAUUUCUCCAGUCCACUUUAAGGUGUUGGAGAGAAAUGCUGAUGAUACCUGUGUGUUGGACUCUCAAGGACAGGAUAUUUGUCGAACGGGUGAGAUGCCUUCACCUGCUUGUUCUUCCCUUGGUGAUAAAAUCAGCAUGUUGUGUGAGUUCAAUGACAUUACUGCAAUUCCAAAUAGGGUGGAAAGUUCUAAGUUGAAGCAGGAGAGAUCUUUCAUCAGAUCAUGGAUUAUUGGGCAGUUAAAGGAGAUCUCCUCGCAAAUUACCCAACUUGAACUGAAUACAGUGCUUCUGCCGCCUGAAACAUUACUUCACUUUCAAGUGAUUGAUCACAGAAGAGGCAGUCCUGUUGACCUCAUUUACCUAUUGACAAUUACUUCUGGUUUUGGUGUCAAGCACGAAAAAAUUGAACUGGUCAUGGCAACUGAAUAUGGCACUGAUAGCUUUGAACGGGCUCUUCAGAAGUUGGAGUUGAAUAGGGCCAUAUCCCUGGAUUCAACAAUGGAACGAACAAGGACGUCCUUUGACAAAAGUGUUUUUUCUUUAAGUUGGCUGGAGGUUGAAUUUUCUGAUAUCACAAAAAGAUUAAGUGUCCUUCUGUCUUCAACAUCUCUUAAAUUAUUGAGUAGAAUAAACUGCCCCUGCCCAGGAAAUGUUCUUAUCUACGGCCCUCCAGGUUCUGGGAAAACAACCUUAUGCAAAGCUGUUGCAAGACACUUCAAAGAGCAUACAGAAAUUCUGGCUCAUGUGGUUUAUGUAGCAUGCUCAAAGCUAGCUAUUGAGAACAAUAAGAACCAACUUCAGGCAAUUGCAGACUGUAUCUAUGAAGCUAUUGUCCACUUCCCUUCAAUUCUAGUAUUCGAUGAUCUGGAAAGUUUGAUUUCAUUCUCCUCAGAGAACAAAAAAUCACAAUCAUCCAAUCCUAGUGCUAUUGUGAAAUAUUUGGUAGAUGUGCUAGAUGAUUACAGAGAUAAAAGCCAUGGCAUGUGUGGACAUGGACCUGUUGCAUUUGUGGCUUCAGUUAAGUCACUUAAGUGUCUUCCUCAAGAAUUGACUUCCUCAGGGAGAUUUGAUCUUCAUGUCCAACUUCCUGGUUUAUCUGUUCCUGCACGUAUCGAGAUACUGAAGCAGACAAUCGACAAGCUUCACUUAAGAUGUUCUGAGGAAAUUGUCAGCGACAUUGCUUCAAAAUGUGAUGGAUAUGAUGCAUAUGAUUUGGAGAUUUUGGUUGAUAACGCUGUGCUUUGUGCUUCUGAUCGUUUGCUUGGGUCUUCUAGUAUAAAUCUGGUGGAAGAAGAUUUCCUGAAAGCCAUGGUGGACUUUUCUCCUAUAGCAAUGCGCGACAUUAGUAAAUUUUCUCCUGAAAAUAUCAGUGGAUGGGAAGAUGUUGGAGGACUUUCUGAAGUUGUAAAUUUUAUAAAAGAGACUAUUGAGUUGCCACUAAAAUAUCCGAAGUUUUUUGCUGGGGCUCCUGUAAGGCUGCGAUCAAACAUCCUCCUGUAUGGCCCAACAGGCUGUGGCAAAACCCAUGUUGUGAGGGCUGCAGCUGCUGCAUAUUCUUUACAUUUCAUUCGAAUCAAGGGGCCAGAGUUGAUGAAUAUGUACAUUGGUUCUACUGAGCAAUAUGUUCGUGAUACGUUUGCAAAGGCAGCUGCGGCAGCACCUUGUUUACUUUUCUUUGACGAAUUUGAGUCUCUUGUACCACAGCGAGGAAAACAUGGUACGCAAGUUACUGACCGCGUUGUCAACCAGUUUUUGACUGAAUUAGAUGGUGUAGAAGCUCUGACAGGAGUCUUUGUAUUUGCUGCCACCAACAAGCCACGCGAAAUUGAUGCUGCGCUAUUACGACCUGGAAGGUUUGAUCGUCUUGUCUUCUGUGACUUUCCACAGUGGGAUGAGCGUCUGGGAAUCCUCAGGGUGCUCUCCAAGGAGGUUAAUUUUCUUUUUGAAUGUUAUUUCAUUUAUCACUAUAUAUAGGUAUGACAUGGUGUGUUCAACAUGAUGAGGAUAUUUCUUGUCUCGCCAAUUUACCAUAGUUUUCUAGUGAGGAAUAAUAGAACAAUUUAUCGUAGACAGCAUAUUAAGUUGUACAACUAACCCGGCCAUCUGGAUUGGUUUAGGGAGCACUUUGUGUUGACAAUAUUUUUCUGUGUAGACAACAGAGAGUUAGGAGUCUCCCGUGGCUGUGAGAUCCAUACGAUCUUCAGAUGGAGUGAUUGGUAGAUAUAAUCCAUAUCUAGAACAAUGCAACUAUUUCUUUCUGAACUGACAAAUGUGACAUACAGUAUAUAUCCUCCUAUUGACAUACUUUGAAAUACAUUAUUAGCUCGUUUGGCACA